GAAACGUCAAACCGGCAAAAAAAUGCGAAAAUUUUCAACCGUCGUUGUUUACUUUCAAAUUUCUGCACUUUUCGGGUGAAAUUAUCAAAAAUAUAUGCUCUAUUUGACGCAUUAGUUGUGAAUUAGAAGUGCCAUAAACCUCGUGGGUCGUGCUCUAUCGAAUAAUAAGUGUAAUUCUGCAAAAGUGAUAUUAUUUAGCAAAUAAUCAUGUCCACGAGGGCUCGGCGUGCCGCCACCAAGGCUCCUAUCGUGAUCGAGUCCGGCUCGGAAUCAGAACAGGAAGACAGUGACCCAGAAGGUAUCUUCUCUAGCCCGGACAACCCGAAAAAAGCAAAGCGGGGAGUCAAACGCCCGCGUAACACCGGCAGCGAUGAUUCCGAUUUCGACGAAAGUAAAGUGGCCGAACUGAAACCCACUGCAAAACGGAGAGGUGCAGCAAAGGCGUCAAUUAGCCCAGCUAAAAAGCCGAAGGCAGAGCCCAAGCCCAAAGCAGAGCCUAAGCCCAAGGCAGUCAGAAAACCCAGGGAGCCGAAGGCGCCCAAGGCACCAAAAGCUCCCAAAGCGACUACGGGAGUAAAACGUAGCCGGAAAAAGGUGGUUGAGACAUCUGCUCCCGAAGAGCCAAACAUUGUUGAAGUAGUUGAAGCUGUAAAAAAAGAAGAAAAGCAUGACGAGCAUGAAUCAAUUCCGAUUGAUGAUUCUAUGGAGAUUAUGACUGUUGAACCAGUCAAACCGGAACCAGUAGCGUUCAAAGAUGAGUUCCAGGAUGAAGUUGACACAAGGCCAAAAUAUAAGAAACGUGUGAGUAUGACGGUGCGGGAGCAGUGGGAUGACUAUGAGCUUCUGUCGGAGAUGCAGAACAUUGAUCGGAGAACGGCUCGAACUAUUAUCAAGCUAUUUGAAGAAGAGAACACAAUUCCAUUCAUUUGUCGAUACCGACGGGAACUGAUCGGGGACAUGAGCCCAGACGAUCUGCGUGACGUCAAGUUGGCGUACAAUCAGAUUUUGUCAAUCAAGUCCAAAGCCGACACCAUUAUCAAGAAUCUUGAGAAGGAGGAGAAGCUAACGGAGGAUAUUAAACAAGAUCUGCUGUGCGCCAAGAGCAUCGAUGAAUUGGAUCACAUGUACGCGCCCUUUAAACCCGCUAAUAAGGGUUCGCUGGCAGACCGUGCCAAGGCACUUGGUUUGGAUUCUUUUGCCGAAAGCAUUCUCAUAGGAAGCCUUCCGAGCAUUGAUUUGCCGGAACUGGUCAAACCGGAAGUGGAGGGCUUGGAAACUGUUGAAAAGGUGGAGGAAGGGAUCAAGCACUUGAUGGCUCACAAUUUCAGCAAAAACACAGCGGUUCUGGAGGAAAUUAGAAAACUCAUCACAAAAUACGAUAUCAUGUUACAUUCGACUCAAAUAACAAAAUCCCGAUCCGCUAAAGAAGAAUCAAACAACAAUGCCAAAGGAAUCGGUGGAUUGAAACGGAUUCCGAAAAAGGUCGACGAGCACAAGUUUGAGCAUUACUUCAGCUUCAAUUGCUGUACCAAAUAUCUGCGACCGCAUCAGAUAAUGGCCCUGAAUCGGGGCGAAAACCAGAAAGUACUCAGUAUUAAGCUACAAUUUAAGGAUAACGUGAAAGGAGAUUUAUAUUGGUUCCUCAAAAAAGAGUACCUUCAGGAGGGAACAGCGUCACGGAAACGAACGGAACUGUUCGAGGCGUCAUUCGAUGAGGCGUUUACAAAGAAGUUGGUCCCACUGAUGAGCCGCACCGUCCGAUCGGAGCUGACCAAACGAGCGGAAAAAGCCUCUGUCGAAGUAUUCGCGAACAAUCUCAAGCAACUGCUGCUCACGGCACCGGUCAAGGGCGAAAAAAUCCUAGGCAUCGAUCCGGGCUUCAGCAAUGGCUGCAAGCUGGCCCUCAUCUCGGAGUGUGGGGACCUGUUGGAUACGGCAACCAUCUAUCCGCACAUUGGUGGCGAUCGGUCCAAGGUGGCACCGGGAAUCAUAGCCAACAUGAUGCGGAAACACGGCUGCGCUAUGAUUGCCCUCGGCAACGGCACCGCUUGCAGGGAGACCGAAUCGAUGCUUUCCUACAUGAUGGAGGAAGGCAUUCUGGAUAAACGCUUCAUCCGGUAUAGUAUCGUGCCGGAACAAGGGGCUUCUAUCUAUUCGUGUAGCGAAGUUGCCAAAAAGGAAUUCCCCAAAAUGGACGUCAAUCUGAUCAGUGCUGUAUCAAUUGCCCGCCGUCUGCAAGACCCCCUCUGCGAGUACGUCAAAAUAGAACCCAAGCAUCUUGGCGUUGGAAUGUACCAGCAUGACAUCAACGAGAAAUCCCUCUCGGAAACCCUAGACGAGGUUGUGAUGGAGUGCGUAUCCUUUGUCGGCGUCGACAUCAACACCGCUUCCGUCAGUCUGCUGAGCCACGUAUCCGGGUUGACCGCCAAACGAGCCGAGCACAUCGUUUCGCAUCGAACUAAAAAUGGACCAUUCCGGAGUCGAGAUCAGUUGCUCAAGGUAAAAUUCAUCGGCGACAAAACCUUCACACAGUGCGCCGGCUUCAUUCGCAUCGAACCGCUAACUGCCGGCAUCCAGGAUUACAACCUCCUGGACUCAACGUGGGUUCACCCGGAGAGUUACGCCCUGGCCGAGAGCGUCAUCACCAGAGCAGGUCUGUCCAACAAGGAAAUCGGUCGCGUGGAUUUCAUUCUCGGAAUAAGAGAUUUCGCUUAUCGCACACCGAAAAACACACUACCCGGCAUGUUCAAUCAAACGAUCGAGCGAAUCGAAAGCGUGCUCUCUGCACUACAGCGAGAGCUCCUGCGAGACUACCGGGCAGACAUUAACAAGCCGCCAAUGUUCAAAAAGGGUCUCACCUCGAUGUCCGACUUGGCCGAAGGAACUGCCCUCACCGGAGCCGUGAACAAUGUCACCGACUUCGGAGCGUUUGUCGACAUCGGCGUGGAGAAUAACGGACUGAUACACCGCACUAAGAUGAACGGGAUGCGGGUGAACAUUGGAGACCAGGUGGAGGUGACGGUCAUCUCGAUCGACGUGGGUAAAGGUAGGAUUGGGUUAAAGCUGGAAAGGAUUCUGUAGACAAUGCACAUCAAGGUAUGCAAACCACGCAUAUUGACUCAAAUUGUAAAUGCUUGAGAAUUAGAACUCGCAUUUUGUGUUGUUGGACAAACAGAAAACUA